AUGAUGGCCGCUACGCUCGCUGUCCUCAUCACCGUGCUCGCGUUGCUCGGCUCCGUGUCAUGCCAAGCCGGCUACAGAGGUGUUUGCCGUGUGAAAAAAGCAUUUGCCAUGUGUUUUUGGCACACGACGAACAGCCGGACUCCCGUAGUGAACCCAUCCCCAGCGCCACAGCCACAACCACCAGCGUACCCGCCGACGAAUCUGAGCCCGCCACCAUUUGUGUCUCCACAGCCACCCACCUAUCCUUCGAUGAGUCCAAGUUCACCACCACCUGUGAAUGUGAUCCCACAACCAUCCAUCGAUCCUCCGACGAGUCAGCCACCUACGAGUCCGAGCCUACCACCACCACCACCUAGAAUCCUAAAGCCACCCACCUAUCCUCCGACGAGUUCGAGCCCACCACCAACUACAUCUCCACAGCCACCUACUUAUCCUCCGCCGAGCCCAAGCCCACCACCACCUCUGCCUUCACCUCCUCCUCCACCCAACUCAGAUGAUGCAGGAAAGAAGAAGAAGCUCGAGGUCGGAUACUACGACAACAGAUGUGGGCCUCACGUGGACGUGGAGGCAAUCGUGAGGAAGCACGUGAGUAGCUUCGAUGCCGGCAUGAAAGCCAGGCUUAUUCGCCUCUUCUUCCACGACUGCUUUGUCCGUGGUUGCGAUGCUUCCAUUCAAGAAAACCCGCAUACAAGUGAUACUCUCAUCUUUUUUUUCUUUUUUGGCAUACCCAACUUCCCGAGCAUGCGCGGCUACGAGGUGAUCGACGCGGCCAAGGCGGAGCUGGAGGCGGAAUGCCCCGGCACGGUCUCGUGCGCGGAUGUCGUGGCCUUCGCCGCCCGCGACGCGUCCUACUUCCUCAGCGGCGGCGGCGUCGACUACUUCGCCAUGCCCGCCGGCCGCUACGACGGGAACGUGUCCCUCGCCAGCGAGACCCUGCCGAACCUGCCGCCGCCGUUCGCCGGCCUCCAGCAGCUCGAGGAGAUGUUCGCCGACAAGGGCCUCGACGCCUUCGACAUGGUGACGCUCUCCGGCGCGCACAGCAUCGGGCGCUCGCACUGCUCCUCCUUCCGCCGCGACCGCCUCGAUCUCCCGCCCGGCUCAACCACCUCCGACAUGGACCCGGCGUUCGCCGCCGAGCUGCGGGCUAACUGCUCGUCGGCAGGCGGCGCCGACAACACGGUGGUGCAGGACCAGGAGACCCCCGACGAGCUGGACAACCAGUACUACCAGAACGUGCUCGACCGCAAGGUCCUCUUCACGUCGGACGCCGCGCUCACCUCGAAGAAGGACGACAUGACGAGCUACCUGGUGCGCGUCUACGCGAUGUAUCCGUGGCUGUGGCAGCAGAAGUACGCGGAGGCCAUGGUGAAGAUGGGCGGCAUCGAGGUCAAGACGGCCGCCACCGGUGAGAUCAGGAGGGCGUGCCGCGUCGUCAACAGCAGGCCGUGA